AUGCGGGAUCUGCAGCUCCGCCAGCACCUUAUGCGCCAUCAGCAGCUCCGCCAGCACCAUAUUGCGGCACCAGCAGCUCCGCAGCACCUUAUGCGCCAUCAGCAGCUCCGCCCAGCACCAUAUGCGGCACCAGCAGCUCCGCCAGCACCUUAUGCGCCAUCAGCAGCUCCGCCGGCACCUUAUGCGGCACCAGCAGCUCCGCCUGCACCUUAUGCGGCACCAGCAGCUCCGCCAGCAUCAUACUACUCUUCACCACCAGCACAAGACGCGGCACCGCCAGCACCAUACCAUUCAUCAUACAAUUACCAUUCAUCACCAGCACAAUACGCAACACCACCAGCACCUUACGCAGCUCCUCCAGCUCCAGCACAAUAUGCAACACCAACAGCACCUUACGCGGCUCCACCAGCUCCAGCACCAUACUACCCACCAGCUCCAGCACCAUACGCAGCAUAUCAAAAUUAUGCUGCGUAUCCGGCUGCACCAACGGCACCACCUGGUGUUAAUGAGUCGGCAACAUGGAGCCAAGAUGCGAAAACUGGAGGAAGUCGUGGCAGCGGAUAUCGCGGUCGAGGAUACCGUGGACGCGGAAGGGGCCGGAGGGGGUGGAAGAAUUACUCAAGUGGAGGAUAUUCUCAGUACUAAAUGUUUUUAAAUUUUAGUACUGAGAAUUCUAUUUUAGAAAUAAAUUUUUUUUUUCUAUUCUCUAAAAAAAUAUAUCAUUUUUAUAUAU